AUGACUUCCUGGGACAACCGCGACAUGACCAAAAACCACCUCCUGCCGUACGUGGACUCCGCAACGGCUCCGGAGGAGGUCAGCGCAGCCCUGAAAACACUUCCCUUCGAGCGCAACAUCUUUAAGCUGGUUGCCAAUGCGCCCACCUUUUUCCCAACCUUCAUGAAACUCCUGACCUGUGCCUGGUCGCCCGAGCGCAGCUUGCGCUCAAAGGACUGGCAACUGGCCGUCUUGCGCACCGCGUCCCUGCUCGACGCUCCGUACGAGUGGGACGUCAAUGAGCCCGUGGCCCGGGUCUUCGGGUACACCGACGCACAACUGGCGUGCCUCCGCUCGGGGGGACUUGAGCUCGACGGAGCUCUUCUCAGAUCGCCAACGACUGAUCAGCGCGACCUUUGUCUGCGCGAUCGUGUCAACAAGGACACGGUGCUCAAGGCCAAACAGAUCCUUGGAGAUGAGGCUUUGAUGGACCUGUUCUUCACUCAGUCGAUCUACGCGUUUCUCGCCCGCACCAUGAACAGCUGCUUGAUUGACUUCGAUGCACCAAUUCCAGGAUUGGAGGACACGCUCCGGAAGUACAACGCAACCACCAUCGAACAGGAAAGCGCCUAUACGGAUUAG